AUGGAGAGCCAGAGCCAGAGCUCGUGCUUAUCGUACGAGAAGCUGAACGGGGUGGCCAGCUGGCUUGGGACCCACGUGGCAUCGGCCUUCUUCGCAUCGCUGGAGCGGUGCUCCUGCAUCAACCUCUCCACCUCCGACGACCACGAAAUGAACCCAGAAGAAGCUCACGACCGACCCCUCAUGCUCUUCGCCUCUCGCUCCGUCAAUCUCAGCGACCACCGUCCUCACUACCCUUCUUCCUCCUCCUCCUCCUCCUCCUCGGCCCCGAACGACGUCGUCAAUCUCCCGGUCUGA